AUGGAGAAAAUCAUAAUUAAACUUGGCUUUGAGGGUCUGUUUGUUGUGGAACCUACAGGCAGGAGUGGCGAUUUAGCUCUUAUCUGGAAGGAGAACAAUUUGUUGGAGAUUCAAAAUUAUUCGAGGUGGCAUAUUAAUACAAUCAUGAAGAAUUCAGAUGAGAAUGUGUUUUGGAAGUUAACAGGUUUCUAUGGUCAACCUGACUGGACAAAAAGGAAGGACUCCUGGGCACUACUGCAACACUUACAAGAUUUCCAACCUGACCCAUGGCUGUGCUAUGGGGAUUUCAAUGAGAUAGUGGCCCCUUAUGAAAAGGUGGGAGGUGCCAGGCGAAAAGAAGAACAGAUGGCAGAUUUCAGAAAGGAGAAGGAAGAACGUCAAUUUUCGUCGCAAAGUUUUAAGUUUGAGGCGAGCUGGCACCUUGAUGAUGAUUACAACGACAUAGUACAGGCAGCUUGGCAUGACACUUCUAGUGGGUCUACAGUAGCUGAGGUAGCUCAGGAGAAAUUAGCUGUGUGUCAAACACGGUUGAAACAAUGGAGCAGGAUAAAAUUUGGCCAGGCAGAGAAGGCUCUAAAAGCCAAGACAAAGGAGCUGGAAUUCUUGCAGCGAAAUGAAGGGCCCGACAACAUUGCAGCAAUCAAAAGACUACAAGGAGAAAUAGAAUACAUUAUGGAGCAGGAGGAUGUGAAGUGGAAGCAACGGGGAAAGCAAAACUGGUUUAAAGACGGAGACCGGAACACCUCUUUUUUCCAUGCUUGGGCAUCUCAUCGACGGAAAAUUAACACUAUCAAAAAAAUCAUUGAUGAAGAGGGGAAAGAGUGGAAUGAUAAUGACAUUAGCACUGUUUUCAUCAAUUUUUAUCAAAACCUGUUCACUACGGGAGAGGUAGAAGGGAUUGAGCAAUGUUUAAAUGGAAUGGAGGCUCGUGUAACUGAGGAUAUGAAUACAGGUUUGCUGAGACAAUUCACUGCAGAGGAGGUGGAGAUAGCACUUGGACAAAUGCACCCCCUUAAAUCCCCAAGCCCGGAUGGUUUCUCCGCUUGUUUCUACCAAGCAACGUGGUCAACGGUACGGGUGGAGGUAUGUAAAGUAGUGCUGGAUUUUCUGAAUAAUAAUUAUUUUGAUGAGUCUCUUAAUGCAACACACAGUGUCCUUAUUCCCAAAAAGAAAAACCCAACCCGGAUUACUGAAUACCGGCCAAUAAGCCUUUGUAAUGUUCUCUAUAAAUUAAUUGCCAAAGUUUUAGCUAACAGACUGAAACAGGUUUUAGAGCAAAUAAUCUCCCCUACGCAGAGUGCCUUUGUACCUGGAAGACUCAUUUCUGAUAAUGUUUUGGUGGCUUUCGAGGCACUACACACGAUGGAUGCUAGAAUGAAAGGCCGACAGGGGUUUAUGGCGCUGAAAUUGGAUAUGGGCAAAGCUUAUGACAGGGUGGAAUGGGGUUUUUUGGAGGCAAUAAUGAGAAAGAUGGGUUUUGGUCAUCGCUGGGUUAAUAUGCUAAUGAGGUGUAUUAAAUCGGUCUCCUAUUCCAUCUUGAUUAACGGGCAACCUCAUGGGAGAAUUUUACUAACACGGGGGAUCCGACAGGGUGACCAGUUGUCCCCGUAUUUAUUCAUUUUGUGUGCUGAGGGUUUAAGCCAUAUGUUGGAAAAGGCGGAAAGGGAUCAAAAGAUCACCGGCCUUCCGGUAGUUCGAGGGGGUUUAAGAAUUAACCACCUUUUUUUCGCUGAUGAUAGCUUGCUCUUCUGCAAAGCAAAUGUAAAUGAGUGGGCUCAGAUCCAAGAGAAUCUAGGCUCUUAUGAGAAGGCCUCGGGACAAAAACUGAAUCGCGAAAAGACCUUCAUUUUCUUUAGCCGAAACACAAAGCAAGAGACUAGGGAGUUUAUCCUCUCUAUAUCAGGGGUUAGUUCUUCUACCAGUUACGAGAAGUAUCUCGGUUUGCCCCCCCUAGUCGGCUGGUCUAGAGUAAGCACGUUCACAGGCAUCCAAGGAAAAAUCUGGGAGAGAAUGAAUGGAUGGACAAAAAUUUUUUUGACCCAAGCGGGAAAAGAGGUUCUGUUAAAAGCGGUGAUCCAAGCAAUACCCACUUACACCAUGAGCGUCUUCCUACUCCCAAAAAAACUAUGUCAUGAUAUCUUUUCCAUGAUGGCCAGGUUUUGGUGGGGCCACAAAAAUAACCAAGGGCGAUUGGCGUGGAUGAGUUGGAAGAAGAUGGGGAGAGCAAAAGAAAAAGGAGGUUUGGGGUUCCGGGACCUAGAACUUUUUAAUUUGGCAAUGCUAGCAAAGCAAGGGUGGCGAUUGAUCCAGAAUCCUGAGACUUUGGUGGCAAGAAUCAUGCGGGCAAAAUACUUCCCAAAUGGCACUUUCCUAGAAGCGGAUCUUGGUAGAACUCCUUCUUAUGCUUGGCGUAGCAUUUGGGGCUCGAAGAAACUGUUAAAAGAGGGUUUGGUUUGGAGAGUGGGUGAUGGCUCAAGAAUAAAAAUUUGGGAGGAUCCAUGGUUGCCCAUUCCUAGACCUCAUCCAGCAAGGUCACCGAUCAGCAUUUUGGACAGCCAAGCAAAAGUUUCUGAGCUCAUGAAUGUCAAUACCAAUUGGUGGAAUCCAACUAUCGUAAAUGAAAUUUUCACGGUGGAGGAGGCCAAAUUGAUUUUAAGUCAAGGGGUGUGUCCCCGCAGAGGUUCGGACAUCUUAGCCUGGGAGCAUACCAAAAAUGGCGUUUUCACUGUUCGGAGCGCCUAUCAUUUGGCUAUGGAGAAAAUGGAGGCUGGAGAAGCUAGUAGUUCAGAUUCCAAUCUUUCUCGUAAUCUAUGGAAGAAAGUAUGGGCACUAAAAGCUUCUCGAGUGGUCAAGUUUUUCCUUUGGAAAGCUUGCAAUAACAUUUUACCAACAAAGGAAAUGCUUUUCAGGAGGGGGGUAGUUUCGACCCCCAUGUGCCCCAUUUGUCUAGCAGAGCCGGAAACUAUAAACCACAUAAUUUGGUCAUGUCCUUCUGCCCAAGAUGUAUGGGCAGAAUGCCAAGGGAAACUCCAGAAGCUAGUGUGCUAUGAAGGAGAUUUUACGAAACUCUUGGUCCAAGCUGGCUACGGGUUGGGGGAAGCAGAGCAUCAUCUUAUGGUUACAGUGGCUAGAGGGAUAUGGUUGCGACGGAAUAAGCUCGUUUUUGAAGGUGUUUUCCAAGCUCCGGCAACGGUGGUGCGUAUUGCCAAGGAACAGGUGGCGGCGUUUAAGGAAGCAUCGCGAAGACAUGCAGAUCCCAGAUCUAGAAAUCCUGGUCAGGAAGUAGCGUUUUGGAGGAAACCCCCUCAAGGGCUGUUAAAGGUGAACUGGGACGCGGCAGUGGACAAAGAGAGAGGCCUAAUCGGGAUGGGGGUUAUCGUUCGGGACUCCUUGGGUGAGGCCAUUGCUAUGCAUUGUGAACCCAAAGCUGCAAUCACUGAUCCUUCGUUGGCAGAGGCGCUGGCAGCUUGUCAAGCUAUUGAGUUUAGCCUCUCUUUUGGACUCCAAAAUUGUCUCCUGGAGGGUGAUGCUUUAGAAGUGGUUAAUGCAAUAAACCAAAAGGAGCAGUGUAGGGGGACAUAUGGACAGAUAGUCAAUGAUAUCAAGCGUUCAUUGGGGCAAGGUGGAAACUGGCAAGUGGGUCAUGUUGGCAGGAAUGCCAAUGGAGCAGCACACCAACUGGCCAAAAUGGCUCUACACCAACCGACCGCUCAGAGUUGGAGCAACGAUUUCCCUAGUUGUAUGGAUGAAAUUGGGUUGAAAAUUGCGGAAGGGGAAAUUGCAAUUACACGCGAGAAGGGAAAGAGAUGCUUAAUAGAACGGCUCUGGGCAGGGAAGCGAACGAACAAGGAAGCCUUCACAUCAGUACUGUCAAAAAUCUGGAGGACACGGGGGGGAGUGGUCUUUAAGGAGUUACAAGAACAUCUCUGGUUGUUUGAAUUUGAAGAAGAGGAUGACAUGAGAAGAGUGAAAGAGGGUAGGCCAUGGUCUUUUGACAGGCAAAUUCUGGUCCUCCAUGAUUUUGAUGGGAGUAUCCCCCCAUCAAAAAUGGAGUUCACGAAAUCUCCGUUUUGGAUCCAAGUUCAUGACAUGCCGCUAUUAUGUAUGACGAAGGGUGUGGCAACGCGGAUUGGUGAAUCCUUAGGUGAACUGGAGGACGUCGACAUUGCUGGAGAUGGAGCAGGUUGGGGCCGUUGCUUACGAAUACGGGUUGUUAUUAAUGUGAUGCAGCCCUUGGAGCGAGGACGAGCGUUGAAGGUGGAGGGGAAAACAUCAGGGGUUUCUUUUAGGUACGAAAAGCUGCCCCAAUUCUGGUUCAACUGUGGCCGAGUGGUGCAUGAAGAGAAGGGUUGUCCGGUGAUCAGAUCAACCAAACUGAGUUCUGCAGAAGCAAUGAAGCAAUGGCGGCCGUGGUUACGUGCAGAUGAACCAAGACGUAAGGCGGCGGGAGAGUGGUCUCGCCGAACGGGGGAGAAUGCAGGGCAAUUCCGAGAGGACAGCAACGCUCAGGAUGACGGCGGCUAG